GACGGAGAAAACCCUGCAGUCUCUACUGUCACUUCUAUGUCUGUUCCAACUCCCAUCUAUCAGACUAGCACCGGCCAGUACAUUGCCAUUGCCCCAAAUGGAGCCUUACAGCUGGCCAGUCCAGGCACAGAUGGAGUACAGGGACUUCAGACAUUAACCAUGACAAAUUCAGGCAGUUCUCAGCAAGGUACAACAACAGUUCUGCAGUAUGCACAGACCUCUGAUGGACAGCAAAUACUUGUGCCCAGCAAUCAGGUGGUUGUACAGACUGCAUCAGGAGAUAUGCAGACAUAUCAGAUCCGUACCACACUGACUGCUUCUUCGUUGCCACAAACUGUGGUAAUGACAUCGCCUGUGAAUCUUACAUCUCAGACAACUAAGGCAGAUGACCCCCAACUGAAAAGAGAAAUAAGGUUAAUGAAAAACAGAGAGGCUGCUCAAAAAUGUCGGAGAAAGAAGAAAGAAUAUGUGAAAUGCCUGGAAAAUCGAGUUGCAGUCCUGGAAAAUCAAAAUAAAACUUUAAUAGAAGAGUUAAAAACUUUGAAGGAUCUUUAUUCCCAUAAAAGUGUUUGAUUCUUAGGAAAGAAAUAUUUUUUUGGACUUGCCUAAAAGU